UGUCUUCAUUGAAGAACGGUUGACAUUUGUUGUUCUGCAACUGUAUUCACGGCCAACAAAGGCUGCUGGUAGGUGUGAUGGUGAACCCAGCCUUUCUACCUGGUGCUGACAAGACACCAAUGAAGAAGUGUCAUGGAGUGUGAAGUGGAAAGAGCUCAGCUCUGGUUGGAUGCUGACAUCAGGACAAGGAUUCGUUGAAGUACAGUGUGUUUCUGUUCAAGCUCAGCUCUUUGUGGAAAACAAUUCAGAGGAUGUGAAAAAGAAAUUCUGAAGCACUCGAGGACUCUGAGCUGCAGCUUAGAUGCGGUGCAGAUCAUUGCAUUUGCUUACGUGUUUGUGCUUCAGGUCACAGCAGCUUCAUCAUAGCCACAAACCAUAUUUUGUGUGAGGAUGAUGACGAUGGAGAUAAUGAAGAUGGUUUAUCACAGCAGCUUGUGAUGACUGUACCAUAGCCCAGUACUUCAAGCUGCACUUUAGCAUCUAACAUUAGAGCGAGAGAGUCACAAUGACUUUUACCUGGGCAGCAGUUGUACUCUGCAUUCUCAGCUGCAGCUCUGCCUCAGCCUUUGAGUUUCACACUGUGGAGGUUCAUUCUGGUGAAACGGUCACGCUGCUGUGCUCCAACUACACCAGCUCUCCGACCCAGAUCAUGUGGUUCCGAGCAGUAAAGAAACUGAAGCCUCGCUGCAUAUCUUCUUUAUUCAGACCUUCUGAACCUGCUUCAUUCUGUGAAGGAUUCGACAAGCUCAAAUUUCAAACAUCAUCCAACAAUACUCAUAUCUUCCUCACAAUCAAGCGAGUGGAUUUGUCGGACUCUGGACUGUAUUUUUGUGGAAAUUAUAUAAGCAAAAAUCAACUUAUUGUUGGUGCAACAUAUUUAGAGGUUUAUGACAUUUUGGAGGAGAUUGUGAAGCUGACGAGUCUGGUCCUCGGGGCUCUGACGGUUUUUCUCACUAUGGUCGUCAUCGUGUUGGUUAUCAAAUUCAAGAAACAGCACAAAGCUCCUAUUAAGGAACGGAAACCACAACGAACAGAGGAUAUUUUACAGAGUGGGAGUUCAGAUGAUUUUGAGUAUCCGCCAGCGACUUUGGCUCCAAGACCAGAUGAAGACCUGAUGCCUGAACCGGCACAGCAGCUGGAGACAGAUGCCGUCCACAUCGGCUCAAGAAACGACUGGAACUGCAGUUUGGAGUCAGACUGAUGCUUAUCAAACUUCUGAAUGAGCAGCUGGUGUCCAGGAUGAGUUACCGCCACCAAUAGCUGUAUGUGAUGCUUUGGCAUUAUGCAAAAAUGUUACUUUUAAAAUAAAAUGCCCUAUUUGUAA